AUGGCUCAAGAAGGCAGUUUCACUCCGCCGUGGGCAAAAUAUGAUGCUGGCUUACUCGAUGGACGAGGCUUAGCGAUACGCAAAUGCAGCUCGGACUUCCUUGCGUCUCUAUACAUGGCUUGUCUGGACACCUACCGCGUUGACGAAAGACAGCUUCCCCCAGACGUUUCGAAACGCCAACUUGAAGAUGUCGUUCGCGAAUUGCACAGACUCGUGUCCCAUCCAACCCUCUUUUCUAGCCCAGAUGUCCAGAAACGCUUUCUUGUAUUUCUGGAGUUUGGCGUCACAAAAAUGAUCUCGAAACGGAAGGAUAAGGAGCGCCAAAUUGCUAUGGACGGCUUCCGGCUACGUGCCAACAUACUUGCUAGGCAGGAAGAGCAAAUCCUACAAAAAAUCAAUCGCCCUUCGUUCAAACCCGAACUGAAGCCUUGGGAGCAGUUCCUCCUUAAAGGCAGCCCUGGCAGUGGAGUUGCACUCCCUCCAGCCCCGCUCAACGGCUAUGUGCAGGUUAUGCCAAUUGGGGGUGUGGCUCUCCAUUUGAGAUGGCUGAGGCAGAGGCAUAUUGUUGCGAAAAAGUGCAGAGAGUCGAGGAUCCCUGCUACUGCUUCCGUGAAACGGCUUAAGAGGGAUAAUUCAAGUGAUACGGCUUUCAAGAAGGCACUCCAUCCCUCAAGCAACCUUGUACACCGAAACAGCUGGGUUGCCCUGACUCCAAACCCAUAUUACGAUCGCCGCAUGCCUAUCCCAAAACAUAACAGAGUUGUAGAUUGUUUAGAGAGCUUCAAUGCUGUAAUCGAGCGCCUUGAGGACGACGAUCUCACCGACUACAAUGGUGAAUCCGACGGAGUGAGGGCCAUGUUCUACCGCACGACGGUUGAAGAUGUAACAGAUAUGUUCGAGUGA